CUGCGCGUACUCCGUUGAACCGCAGCUUCAGUAACAGUGAACGAGCGUGCGCAUGUCCUCACUCCUCACGCGCGUGUUCAUGUAUCCUAUAAACGAGGAAUACUGUCGGGAAACCCAACGCGCUCCAGACGAUCGAACAAUUUUAUAAUUAUUUUUUCAAAUUCCGAUGUGCAGAAGUGCGGUAAAGACGGGAAUAUCUCUCUAAAUUUACUAGAAUUGAUUUCAUUACGAUACACCGCUGUCUCCUUCUGUGUCGAGCGCGCGAAAAAUUGUCGGAGCUGCGUCGUGUAACGGUUUUUGGGCGCGCGUUUUGAUAAGUAUACCUUUGGGUCAAGGUUUACGUCUUUUCGUUAGGCGAUAGUGCGUCGGACACCGCCGCCUUCGCCGUUUGUCCGCGGCGGAUGUCGACGACGACGACGAAGGAAACCGCGACGACUGUGAACGGACCUUCCGGUUCGUCGCCGCCGCCGAGCGUGUGCGUUUCGAACGACCAACGAAUGUGCCGGCGCCACAUUUGCGCGUGCGUGCGUGCGUGCAAGCGACAAUAAUAAUAGUAAUAACAUUUAAUAUUAUGUGCAAUAAAGCCGCUGCGACUUCAACUACGCGGACGGUCGGCGGUGUUGUUGCGGACAAAUCCGAUUAUCGUUAUUGCGCAGUAUCCGUCAUCGAAUAAUAGAAAAAAUGAAGGAAAAAGAGAACACUAGUGUGAGCUUCUCCCAAUGGCAGACAUGGGUUUUAGAAGCUGUAAAUAAAAUUCGUGGCCAAAAGCAGCGGCCAUCCUUGGAACGUAUUGUAAAUGCAAUACGUCAACAUCACCGUUAUCCUGUAGGGGAUAUUGAAACACAAAUUGAACGAUGUGUGGAAAGUGGCGCAGUGUUAAAAGUCUUCAACAAAGGCCAAAAUACUUAUAUGAACCCUGGUGGCACUGCAAAUCGUAAAUUGAUUAUUAAUGCAGACACUGACUUAACUAAAAUUGUAGUGAAAGUAGUUGGCCAAUUAGAUGAAGAAGGUUCAUCAUAUAAAAACAUUGAUCGUUACAUUCAGCAUGCUUAUUCUAUAGAACUUAAAAAUGAAGGAUGUGACUUGACUUCAUUACUCAAGUCAACAUUAACCAAAGCAGUUGAUAAGGGCUUAUUGGUGUUGGAUGGAAAAUUAUAUAGGUUACCUGUUAGUCCAGACUCCACAACAUCAUUGAUCGGGACUCCAGUUUUAAAAUAUAGUUCUGGAAGAAAAACACGAUUACUUAAAGUAGAUUCAAAUGAAAUUGAAACAACCCCUCUUUCACUCCGUAGAGCUGGGAGAAAAAGGAAAAAAGUAUCUGUUUGUGAUACUAGUUCACUUACAGAUAAUGAGGCCAGUGACAAAGAAUUAAAUAAAGCUUCCGGGAAUAUUUGUGCUGAUUGCUUAGGUACAUCGGCCAAAAACCUAUGCGGCGAAGCAGAACCGUUAAAACAAUGUCGAGGUGGUUGUGGUGUUUCAUUGCACCCUUCUUGCUUAGCUAGUAAAUGUAAGGGUCCUUUGACUACCUUGUUAGCUCGUGGUUCUCGAUGGUUUUGUCAGGAUUGUAGAACAUGUUCAGCAAUUCCAUCGUGUACAGUGACUGAACAUAUGUUUUUAUUAAAUUGUGAUACAUGUGAUCGAGGUUAUCAUAUGCAAUGUCUUCAACCUCCAGUUGUAGAAAAACCAAAAUCGGCAUGGCGAUGUUCAUUUUGCUUAGACCAUCACGAUACUAAUGUUUAUAUGGAAGUAGAACCAUUUGAAGAGCGCAGGGGUAGGAAAAAGUCUAGUCUCAAAAACAAAAGGUCAAGUCGUCGGAGUCAACAUGUCAAGGCGCAAGAUCUUAAACUUGGAACACCAUCCACUUCCAGUUCAAUGAAUCAACGUGAUGUCACGGAAGACGGUAAUGUCUCCUCUCCUGACUCCUCGGCUCCCCCCUCUCCCGUUCCGAUUAGCGGCAGUGUGCGGCGGGACAAUGCUAUCUCCAAGGAGAAAGCAAAAUUCUUUAGGCAAAGUGCUGCGUUUAAUGCGCGAGGUGUGAACGGGAGAGGAUCUGGUGUGCCGAAAGUCAAUGCCCCUUUAAACAUGCGCCUUAGUUCUAGUAGCAGCGAUAGCUCUAGUAGUUCGAGUUCAAGCUCGAGCAGUCGUAGUCGCAGCAGCAGUUCAAGUAGCACGAGCAGUAGCUCUAGUGAUAGUAGUAACAGCUCUAGUAGCAGUAGUAGCAGCAGUGCGCAUGCUUGUUCUCUUUCUGUGCGUCCAAGCCGGCCCAUAUUUCCUCUCCCGAAAUGUCUCGCCGCAAGGAAUGCCGAUUUUAACGAAAGUCCUUCAAGUUUGUCCUCUAAAAGUUGUAAUUCAACAUCUGAAUCUGUUCAAUCCUCUAAAAAAAUUGAUCACCGUUCUAAAUUAAGUGAUAAGCAGAAUGAUCCUAGUGAAAUAAAAAAAGUAGAUAAAAUAAAUGAUCAAUCUAAAGUAACCCCUAAAGUUUUACUAAGAGCACCAAAACUAAUUGCUAAAGUUAAUUGUUCACAGCCUAAAAUUUUUCCACUUUCAAAUUCUAAAUCGGAUAAUUCAGAUACACCUAUUUCGCUAUUCAAACAAUUAUUGACAGAUAAUUCAGAUAAGCCAUGGGGGUUUGCUGCUUUGGCUGCCAAAGCUCCCAUUGUUGAACCUAUAAAGCCUGAAGUCUGUAAUAAAAAAGAUAAACCUAUUGCUGGAUUUAUUCAAUUGAAGGGUUUAUUUGAUGGGUUAAGUCAUUUCUAUUCAACACCAUUACAAUCUCGUACUCGACCUAGAAAUGAAAAAGAUAUAAAAUCGUCCAGCAAGACUGAUCCGAAAGUCAUUUGUGCUGAUAAAAAGUUUAAAAUAUCAGAAAAACAACAAUCUCCUAGUUUUUUGGUUAAGUCAGCUGUUUCAUCUAAAUUAAUGGAAACUAGAGAAGUAGCAGAAAUUGGGGGUGAUAAAAUACUAAAUAAUGAAAAAUCCUUAGACAAUUCUCCUUCCGCCUUCCGUGACCAUCUGUCCGUGCCGACGAUACGUCCAGUCACCCGUUCCGUGCUGGAAAAUAUGAGCCGCCUGGUUGCAUCAGACUUACCAUCUGGCGUUUUACAUGAAGAUGUUGAAAUCUAUAAGGAGACAAGAACACGGGCAAUGAGUAGUACAAUACAAGCUCCUGAGUUCAUUACAUCUAACCAUCCUGUAAGAUGUCCUGCUGCAAUUCAAUUUGGUAAAUAUGAAGUAGAGACGUGGUUUUCAUCUCCUUUUCCUCAAGAGUAUGCUAGACUUCCAAAAUUAUUUCUUUGUGAGUUUUGUUUAAAAUAUACUAAGAGCAAAUCAGUUUUGGAAAGACAUAUGCAUAACUGUAACUGGAGACACCCGCCAGCUACUGAAAUCUAUCGGCGUGGAAAUCUGAGUGUUUUUGAAGUUGAUGGAAAUGCCAACAAAAUUUAUUGUCAAACAUUAUGUCUAUUAGCAAAAUUAUUUUUGGAUCAUAAGACUCUAUAUUAUGAUGUAGAACCUUUCCUAUUUUACGUUUUGACUAAAAAUGAUGGUUUUGGCUGUCAUUUAGUCGGUUACUUUUCUAAAGAAAAACAUUGUCAACAAAAAUAUAACGUGUCAUGUAUCUUGACUAUGCCUCAGUAUCAAAGACAAGGAUUCGGACGAUUUCUUAUUGAAUUUAGUUAUCUCCUAUCCAAAAUUGAAGGACAACCAGGAACUCCAGAAAAACCUCUUUCUGACUUGGGUCAAGUAUCAUAUCAUGCAUAUUGGAAAGCUGUUAUACUGGAGUAUUUAGAUAAACACAGAGACAGUGAUUCUAUCUGUAUUAAUGAUAUUAGUAGAAAAACUGGUUUAAUGAGACAUGAUAUUACAUAUACAUUACAAUCUCUCAACAUGGUUGUAGAAAUUUGUGAAAAACUGACGAUUUGUAUUGACUGGAAUAUUGUAGAUGCUCAUUUAAAGAGGAAAAAUUUAUCUAAACAAAUUCCUAUUGAACCAGAAUGUUUAAGAUGGACACCUCUUAUGCCAGCAUCUAAUUUAUUAGUUUCUCCAGAUGACAAAGAUAACCAAGAUCUUGAAGAACCUCUUCCAAUUAAAAUAGAAAUAAUCAAAAGUCCAAUAAAAAAGAAGCGUAUAGCAAGAAGAAUGCCAAUGAUAAAGAGACGUAGGAAGAUGGAUAAAAAGAAGCGUAGGUGUUUAUAUGGUGCAGAGAAGAAACCUAAUUCUAUUCAACCUGUUGAAAACAUAAGUCUUGUAGAAGAAGAGGAGCCACCUGUGAAAAAAAAUAAAAACGGACAUAAAAACAUAAAAAUAGAAGAAAAAAUUAUUAAAGACCAUUCAACUGAUGAAAAGUCUGAGUCAAAAUCAAAAUCUGUUGAAAAAUCUAUUGAAAAUAAAAUAAUUGAAAAAAUUAAGGAGGAGAGUAUUGAAGAUAUUAAAGUUGAAAUACCAAAUCCUAAAUCUCAAGCAAAAACUAAACAAAGCUUAAUUUCAAAUUUCCUUAAACGCGAAAAUCCAGAUACAAAAGUUAUUGUUGUUCCUCAAAAGAAAAAAAGAAAGUUGCCUCGAGGUAGAUCACGUAAAAGACAAAGAUCAAAAAUCCAAAAUGACAACACUGAACCUAAAGUCAAAAAAGUUCGAAACAUUGAACCAGAGUCUCUUGAAAUUGAAACUAUUGAUGAAAAUAUAGAAUUACAGCCUGUGAAAAAUGAGAACACCGAUAAUCUAGAUGAUGUUGAUGAGUUAGACAGUAAAGAUGUAGAGAAAAUUGAGGGAGAAAACGAAGUAUCAAAAAAAUCUGACGAAGAAGAAAAAGAAAUAUCCAAAACAUCUGAUGAUGAAAGAGAAAAAGAAAUAUCCAAAACGUCUGAUAAAGAAGACGAAAAAGAAAAUCUACAUGAAAAUAAUGAUAGGGGUCCAGAAAACAUGAUUGAAGAAAAAGAAGACACAAAUAUAAAAUUAGAAGAAGAAAAAUUCAUCGAUGAUAAGGUAGACCAAAUUGAUACUGAUGUAUUAAUUGGAAAGUCAAAGAAUGCUAUUGCUGAAUGUUCAAAAAAGAAUACAGAUUUCAAAGCUGACAAGAUUACUGUUGAUAAUAUAAUUUGUUCUAAUACUAAUGAUGACAAUAUUGUUAAUUCCAAGGGGGAAGAAUUUGAACAAAUUAAAAAUCAAUUGGAUAGUAAAGUUAACGUAGAAGUAACAAGUAACAAUGAUGUUCUUAAACGUCCAAAUGAUAGAGAGUCUUAUAAUGUAGUUGAUAUGUGCAAUGAUGUUCCUAAAAUAAAACCAUUAGAAUCUGAAAAAGAAUCUUCUGACAAAGCUGUAGAAUUCACAUGCAACUUAGAAAAGUCUCAAAAAACUAUUGUGGAUGAUGUUACAUUACAAAAACCUAAAGAGCAGCCUUGCAAUAUUAUUGCACCUUUGGAUACGAAGCAAAAUGAAAAUGUGCCAAAUAAUUAUGACAAGACAAAUCUUAUUCAAACUGAAACAAAGCAAUAUAAUGACCAAGUAGUUUUAUCAAGUAAAUUUAAAGGAGAUUCUGUUGAGACUGAUAUACAGAUAUUUAAUAAUACAGUACCAUGCAAUAAUUUUUCCAAAACAGAUGUUACUGCACAGUCUCCAAUGUCUUCUGUUACUGAUAAACAGUACAGUAAUUGUUUGAUGGUUACAAAUGAUUACUGUAAGCCAUCGUCAGAUUCAUCACUGUUGUCAAAUGUCAAACAGUACAGUGCUGAAUCAUUGCCAAAUGAAUACAGUAAAACAAGCACUGCAGUACUUCCAAAUCCAAAACAAUAUGGUGAGACUUUAAUGAAUGAAUAUAGAAAAUUGGAUAUGCUUCAGCCAGAAAUAAACAAGCAAAUGUACAAUAAAGAAGAUUCUGUUGAGUACAUGAAAAAUUCUCAAGUUCUUCCAGCUCCUAUUAAUAGUUCGCAAGAAGUGUUUAAGGUUGUGGAGCAGUCAAAAUCUAAAGUUUCUGAAAAAAAUUAUUCUAAUUCAAUUGUGACUGAUCACACAAUAACUGUGCCUAAAUAUGAUAAUGUCAAACAAGAGAAACAGUCUAAAAGGACAACUCCUUCACCAAAAACUGUGCCAUAUCGUUUGCCUGCUGAAGUGCCACAAGUAGAUAAAUCACGUUUACACGACUACUUGUCUCCUAUGGGGUUUCUCAAUUAUCAAAAGAUUAAUAAUUCAAUAGCUAUGGCCCAUCCAGACAUUCCUAAAACAACGAAAGAUAUGUAUGCAGACAAAAAAACUGAUGCCGUCAAUAUAAACUUGCCAAAAGACAAAGAAGUAAUGAACAUGCCUAAGACUAUGGACAACAGUCUUUUGUAUUCGUCUGUUAUGCAACAAUCGCCAUACACUGACCAGUCUAUGAUGCACUUAUCACUCCAUCACCAUUUGGCCCAUUCAUCCCAGUAUCAUCACAGUCCACCUGUACCAGCUCAAGUUCCACCUCCUAUUCAUCAAACAAAAUCACGGAAUAAAAAAAGCGAACAAAGAAGAUUGGCUCAACAGAAUCAAACUCCUGUUGUACCAUCUACCCAACAACCCACCCCUCCACCAAUACCUAGCCAUACACAAUCAUAUCAUCAUCACCAUCAAACAGCUACAUACAUGAUGCCACAACCAUCGCCCUCUAGUCCCUAUCAUCAUUCUGUGAUUCAACACCGAAUGGGUCAACAAGGAGGUUCAUGUUCGUCUGCUGACUUUUAUUUGUCACAUACUACUAACCAACAUGCAGCAGCUGCAGCUGCACAGAUCGCAUCAUGUAACCUUUCCAAACUUCAACAAAUGACAAAUGGAUUGGACCAUCACCGCAGACAUAUUUCUUCGCCUGCAUCAUCACCAGCCUCUUCUCCUGCUAACAUGACUCCACCACCACCUGCUGCGUCUGCAGCUGCUGCACACUUGCUGCAACAGUCUGCGGUUGCCUAUCACAAAUUGUAUCAACAGGCUGGUCAGACCAAUCAGUCAAGGCAGUAUGGCCAUCAAACACGCGGUUCUCCGGCGUCACCAAACGUUGGUCUUAUGACAAUGCAGUAUGGUGCGCCGCCGCCUCCUUUUAACGGUUACAGGGUAGCGUCACAAUCCACUCCACCACCUUCUGCUGCAAGUUAUAUGAACCAGACAACUGGACAACUACAGUACACGACGCAUACACAAGAUCCACACCAUCAAAAUAGUGUGUAUCCAACUUCAGCAUACAACGGCUCGUAUUUACAACCUCUAAACGGGUCCAUGCACAGAUAAUCUCUUGUUAUUAUUAACUUUUUUUUUUAUUAAUUAUUCUGAUUAAAAGUUUGUUAUUCACCAUCAUAACAUAAUAUACUUUUUUAUAAACAUACGAAAAAGAAGAAAAAAAUGUUACCAGUUUGUUAUAGUAAGAUGAAAACUUCAACACACAAAAUCUAUGAAAAAUCCAUUUUAUACUAAAAGAAAAGUGCAUUUUUAACAGGCCGAUUCUUAUUUUUAAGUUAUGUUAGUUCACAAGCAGUAUUUUUUUUAGUUGUGUAUGCUAUGCAUUAUUUUUAUUUUUUUAUCUAUCACAACAAUUUGUAUUUAUUUAAUUAUUAUUAUUUUUUUUCUGUUGAUUGUUGAGAUCAAUUUUUUAAAUGUUAUGAUUCAAAAAGUAUGUUAAAGGAACGGGUACGUCAAGUUUUUAUUGUACAAAGUUCAAAGAAUUUCCUUAGUUUGUAAGUACAUUUUAAAACACUUGAAAGUCUAGUUUCAGCUUGUUAUUUAUUUUUUUUUACUGUAAUUGUAUAAAAAUAUACAUAACUAAUUUAUUAAAAAUUAA